GAUUGAUUACUUUUGACUUUUUACCUAGAAAAAAUAAAAUAGUAACAAAAAUUCAAAUAGAAUAGAAUGUGACCAGACCCUUGCAUACCGGCACAGCCUUUCAAAGCGUUGUGGUAUUUUGCGAGACAUUACCUACGGUCAUACUGAUGUGCAAAAACAAAACAAUCCGGAAAAACGGCGUAAAUUAAGACAUAUUCUGUACUAAAAAUGACACAGGACAUGCUGCUCGGCAACGAGGAACCUAGCAAGAGCAAGGAAACCUUUCUGGAGAAGUUCUGCGUGCUGGCCAAGUCGGCAAAUGGAGCCGCACUGCUGGACGUGAUUCGCCAGGCUUUGGAAGCACCAAAUGUCUUUGUUUUCGGCGAAUUACUGGCAGAACCCAACGUUGCACAGCUAAAGGGUGGUCCGGAUGCCAAAUAUCUGGAGACCCUCAACCUGUUCGCCUAUGGAACAUACAAGGAGUACCGCGCACAGCCUGAAAAGUUCAUAGAACUCAGUCCCGCCAUGCAGAAGAAGCUGCAGCACUUGACCAUUGUCUCCCUGGCCAUUAAGGCCAAGAGCAUUCCCUACGCUCUGCUGCUCAGCGAACUGGAUAUCGAUAACGUGCGUCAUUUGGAGGACAUUAUCAUCGAAGCCAUCUAUGCAGACAUUAUUCAUGGAAAGCUGUUCCAAAACACUCGCAUUCUGGAGGUGGACUAUGCUCAGGGGCGGGACAUUCCGCCCGGCUACACCGGCCAGAUCGUGGAGACCCUUCAGGCCUGGGUCAACUCUUGCGACAGCGUCUCAAACUGCAUUGAAAUGCAGAUUAAAUAUGCCAAUGCCGAGAAAUCCAAGAGACUGCUGAACAAGGAGCGCGUAGAACAGGAUCUCAUUAAUCUGAAGAAGGUGCUGAAGAGCCAGGCUUCGGACAGUGAUGAGAGCAUGCAAAUAGACACCCAUGGACCCGGCACGAGCGGUGGCUUGGGUUUGGGUCCCUCAGAGCUGCGCAAGAAGCCCUCCAAGCUGAGGAAUCCACGCAGUUCGGCAGUCGGCUUGAAGUUCGGAAAGUGAGUGGUGGCUAGUCGAGCGGAGGAGGAAGAGAAGGAGGAGGAGCUGCCAGGAGCUGGUCCAAACGUGAGCAGCUGGAACUCUCGGUUGCUUGCCAUGCCGCGCGGCACUUGAUUGACCCGCCCAUAACGCUCGACACUCGGAGAAACACUUCACCCAAAUGUAAUCGAAAACACAACUCAUUUCUAAUCAACAAACAAAUGUCGGCUGUCCGCGAAAUGGAUUCCAUAAUUAGCAUCAAAUUGAUCAUUUACAAAUAACAAAUACAAAGCCUGUAAUAAUAGAAACUAUGCAUCAAA